GGAGGUAAGAGCAGGACUUCAACACUUGUCCCGCAGGCUUUUCGCGGCGAGCUUUCCCGCGCCGCCCCCCACCCUUACCAGGUCGCCAAUUCCGGGUCUGAGAACUCAGUACCUUCAGCGAGUCCGGAGCAGAGCAGUGGACUCGGAAGGGUCUACUUCAGGAUCUACUCUGUGGAUACCACCAAGACUUUGAGGACUAAGAUGUUUCCUUCAGUGCCGUAUGUUCCUGCCUCCAUGGCUUCUCAGGGACUCUCAUCCACAACCUCGACGACUAGCACUACUACGGUUACCACCAACACCACUACCACCAUCACAAGUGGCUUCAACCUGUAUGUGAGACCACCUGCAUCACCUUGGAUGAAUAACACUGGCUUGAUCAAUGUGGCUUCUAUGCCUUCUACCAUGACUGUGAACUCAAUAGUAACUCCUGUGAUGACAUACGGCCCUCUGGAGAGUGUGGCGAACAAUUGGAACUAUCAGCUACAAGAACAAGAAAAACACUAUUUUUAUCAGGCCAACCAAUUCAAUAUUUGGAACCAAGCACUGAUUGCGUCUGGUAAUGAGAUUGCUCUUUUGCACAACGAAAUGGAAAGAGUGAAAAUUGAUCAGAGCAGGUUGGAACAAGAAUUGGAUAUUAUCCUGUUCCAGCAGAAGGAACUGGAACAAAUGUUGACUCCUAUAGAGGAGCUUUUGAAGGAGCAGAAUGGUCCUCUUAAUAUGAUGUAUGUGAAUAAGGAGUAUGAGAUGAUUUACAGAUUGGCAGAAAUUAUAGAUGCUGAGCUGAAAAGGAUGUCUCAGGAUCUCAAGGACAUCGUUGUUUAUCUGAAUUCACUGGCGCAUCCUGCUGAUGCUACUGAACAGCUGGAGCAGAUCUGCAAAAUUCUGAAUGCUCAUAUGGAAUCCCUGCAGUGGAUUAACCUUAAUUCAGGCGUAAUGCAGAAGAAGGUAGAAGAGGUUGCAAAUGCGGUUGAGGAGUACCGUCGCAAGGAGCAAGAAGCCAUGAAGGCUGCCUUUGAAUAACUAUCACUCCAAAUCGCUCCUUUUGGAUUAUUCAUUAACCCUGAAUUCUGAUGAUAUUAAGUAGAUUAGUAUUUUCAGUUACUACUUUAUCUUUGAUUG